CGCGCGCGGCGGGCGGCGAUGCUGGAGCAGCAGAAGCGGAAGGGCCCCGCGCCAGGCCCCGCUCCGGGCCCCCCUCCCGGCCCCGGGCCCGGCCCCGGCCCCGACCUCCCGCUUGUCCCCAGCGCCCCCCCCGCCAAGCGGCCCCGCCAUGAGGCGCCCGCCGCCGGGGGGGGCGCUGGGGGCGGCGGGCAGGCGGCACCCGGGGCGCUGCUGCAGGCGGGCCCGCCGCGCUGCUCCUCGCUGCAGGCGCCCAUCAUGCUGCUGUCGGGGCACGAGGGGGAGGUGUACUGCUGCAAGUUCCACCCCGGCGGCAACACCCUGGCCUCCGCCGGCUUCGACAGGCUCAUCCUGCUGUGGAACGUCUACGGGGACUGCGAUAACUACGCCACCCUGAAGGGGCACAGCGGGGCGGUCAUGGAGCUGCACUACAACACGGACGGCAGCAUGCUCUUCUCAGCAUCCACAGACAAGACGGUGGCUGUGUGGGACAGCGAGACUGGAGAGAGAGUGAAGAGGCUGAAGGGCCAUACCUCGUUCGUUAACUCCUGCUACCCAGCAAGGCGAGGACCCCAGCUUGUCUGUACGGGCAGUGACGAUGGGACAGUGAAGCUGUGGGAUAUCAGGAAAAAAGCAGCCGUCCAGACAUUUCAGAACACGUACCAGGUCUUGGCUGUAACCUUCAAUGACACCAGCGAUCAGAUCAUAUCAGGGGGCAUUGACAACGACAUUAAGGUGUGGGACCUUCGCCAGAACAAGCUCACGUACACGAUGAGAGGACACGCAGACUCGGUGACAGGCCUCAGUCUGAGUUCAGAAGGCUCUUACCUGCUCUCUAACGCAAUGGACAACACAGUUCGCAUCUGGGAUGUGCGACCAUUUGCCCCUAAAGAGAGAUGUGUGAAGAUUUUCCAGGGGAACGUGCAUAAUUUUGAAAAGAAUCUUCUGAGGUGCUCGUGGUCCCCAGAUGGAAGUAAAAUAGCAGGGGGAUCUGCUGACAGGUUCGUCUACGUGUGGGACACCACAUCCAGGAGGAUUUUGUACAAGCUGCCAGGCCACGCUGGGUCGGUGAACGAACUGGCUUUCCAUCCAGAGGAGCCUAUCAUACUCUCUGCAUCCAGUGACAAACGGCUGUAUAUGGGGGAGAUCCAGUGAAGCUGAGAAAUGGUGUGAUUCGUGCCCUUGAAGUCUUUGGUUUACAGAAGUAGGAUUGACUUGCUUCUCACCGGUGCCAGCCCCCUCUCACACUUGCGGUAAUGGGAAAAUGUUGAAGCAGCUUGAUGAGCCAAGCAGCCCUCUCUGCAGGCUGCGAUGUCUGCGUGGUCCUGCUGUACAGCUUGUUGGUUUUUUUUUGUUUUGUUUUCCCUUCUUUGGGAAGCAGGAAAAUUUAGAAUUGAAGAGAUUUUGAUUUUGGCUGUACAACAGACUACUAAACCUUACUCAGAUCACCUGAAAUUUGUACAAUUUGUUGAAAUUCCAUCUGUGGCUUGUAUAUUCCCUGUCCAGUUUCUCUUGGUUGUUUUUAUAUGGUCAAAACUGAAAUAGACAGCUUUUUACAAGAA